UUGCGCUCGCGGUGUCUGGUACGAGGCGACCGUUAGUUGACGCCGCAGAUUUUCGGUCCUAGGUGUUGUCGCCUAACGUCGCUUGCCUUAUCUUUAAGUCAGGAUGUCUGCCCGCGGCCCGGCUAUCGGCAUCGACCUGGGCACCACCUACUCGUGCGUGGGGGUCUUCCAACAUGGCAAGGUGGAGAUAAUCGCCAACGACCAGGGCAACCGUACCACCCCCAGCUACGUGGCCUUCACCGACACCGAGCGCCUCAUCGGCGACGCCGCCAAGAACCAGGUGGCCAUGAACCCCACCAACACCAUCUUCGAUGCCAAGAGGCUGAUCGGACGGAAGUUCGAGGACGCCACAGUGCAGUCGGACAUGAAACACUGGCCGUUCCGGGUGGUGAGCGAGGGAGGGAAGCCCAAGGUGCAGGUGGAGUACAAGGGAGAGAUCAAGACCUUCUUCCCAGAGGAGAUCUCCUCCAUGGUCCUCACUAAGAUGAAGGAGAUCGCCGAAGCCUACCUGGGGGGCAAGGUGCAGAGCGCGGUCAUCACGGUCCCGGCCUAUUUCAAUGACUCACAGCGCCAGGCCACCAAGGACGCGGGCACCAUCACGGGCCUCAACGUGCUGCGCAUCAUCAACGAACCCACCGCGGCGGCCAUUGCCUACGGCCUGGACAAGAAGGGCUGCGCCGGCGGCGAGAAGAAUGUGCUCAUCUUUGACCUGGGCGGCGGCACCUUCGACGUGUCCAUCCUGACCAUCGAGGACGGCAUCUUUGAGGUGAAGUCCACGGCCGGGGACACCCACCUGGGCGGCGAGGACUUCGACAACCGCAUGGUGAGCCACUUGGCGGAGGAGUUCAAGCGCAAGCACAAGAAGGACAUUGGGCCCAACAAGCGCGCAGUGCGGCGACUGCGCACCGCCUGCGAACGAGCCAAGCGCACCUUGAGCUCGUCUACGCAGGCGAGCAUCGAGAUCGACUCGCUGUACGAGGGCGUAGACUUCUACACGUCCAUCACCCGCGCCCGCUUCGAGGAGCUCAACGCUGACCUAUUCCGCGGAACCCUGGAGCCGGUGGAGAAGGCGCUGCGUGACGCCAAGCUGGACAAGGGCCAGAUCCAGGAGAUCGUGCUGGUGGGCGGCUCCACCCGCAUCCCCAAGAUCCAGAAGCUGUUGCAGGAUUUCUUCAACGGCAAGGAGCUGAACAAGAGCAUCAACCCCGACGAGGCGGUGGCCUACGGAGCCGCGGUGCAGGCGGCCAUCCUCAUCGGGGACAAGUCAGAGAACGUGCAGGAUCUGCUGCUGCUCGACGUGACCCCGUUGUCGCUGGGCAUUGAGACGGCUGGCGGCGUCAUGACCCCACUCAUCAAGAGGAAUACCACGAUCCCUACCAAGCAGACGCAGACCUUCACCACCUACUCAGACAACCAGAGCAGCGUGCUGGUGCAGGUGUACGAGGGCGAACGGGCCAUGACCAAGGACAAUAACCUGCUGGGCAAGUUCGACCUGACCGGGAUUCCCCCGGCGCCCCGCGGGGUCCCCCAGAUCGAGGUCACCUUCGACAUCGACGCCAAUGGCAUCCUCAACGUCACCGCCGCCGACAAGAGCACCGGUAAAGAAAACAAAAUCACCAUUACCAACGACAAGGGUCGUCUGAGCAAGGACGACAUUGACCGGAUGGUGCAGGAGGCAGAGCGGUACAAGUCGGAAGAUGAGGCCAAUCGCGACCGCGUCGCCGCCAAAAACGCGGUGGAGUCCUAUACCUACAACAUCAAGCAGACGGUGGAAGACGAGAAACUGAGGGGCAAGAUUAGCGAGCAGGACAAAAGCAAGAUCCUCGACAAGUGUCAGGAGGUGAUCAACUGGCUCGACCGAAACCAAAUGGCAGAGAAAGAUGAGUAUGAACACAAGCAGAAAGAGCUCGAAAGAGUGUGCAACCCCAUCAUCAGCAAACUUUACCAAGGCGGCCCUGGCGGCGGCGGCAGUUCUGGAGCCUCCGGGGGACCGACCAUCGAGGAAGUGGACUAAGCUUGCACUCGAAUGAGAUUCCUGCUUUGAAUUGCCAACAACUUUUCAAGGGAGAAGAUCUGGGUAAACUUUCCCCCUCCUUUCAAUAAACCAGACAGGUCUGCCAGAGUACCCAAACUCCUAACGCUUGGUUAAGUGAAAAUCCACCUGAAUAUUUCAGCAAGAUGCAAGCUAUAUUCUGGGGUUAAGUAUAAAAUGAUUCUUUCUCUAAACUGGAGCGGGAGUUGUCCUCUGAUAAUAGCCUGACACAGUAUGAAACAAAUUGCUUUUUGGGGCAUGCGGGUGCCUGAAACAAGAGCCAGCAGGGCAAACUUUAAAGCCACUUAAUAUUAAGAGUCCAAUUUAGUCAAACUUGUUUUAACUUUAAUUUUCUAGUGAAACAUCUUAACUGCUGAGCUUAUCCAAAUUCCAUUAAGGAUAGGUUUUCAACAGUUAACAAUUACUUGGGAGAUAGAGGGAGAUAAUUUUUUUUUCUGAUUUGAGAAUCAUGCUUUUGCAAUACUUGCCUUAAAUCACUAAAAUAGAUUUUCUUUUUUUUCUUUUUACUUUUUUAAUAUUUGUUUUAAAAGUGAUUUAUUUUA